AUGGCUUCCCUAUACCCUCCACCCUUUUUCGUUUCGACCAAUGCUUCCUCCCCAGCCACUAGAACCCACCAUUGUACCCCUUCUUCCAUACCCUUAUUUAGAAAUCACAAGUCCAAUGCAAAACCAAGCCAAUACCACGUUUCCAAAGUGCCAUGCAAAGCCACAAAAAGUGGUGACCCUGAAAACCAAUCAAUAAAAAACAUAAACAAAGACAAAGACACACAAGAAGAUGCCAUAAACCUUGGCAUGUUGGACAGAAGAAACGUCCUCAUUGGCCUAGGAGGCCUUUAUGGUGCCCUUAGCAAUGGUCCAUUGUCCCUUGCGGCCCCUAUCUCCCCUCCAGACCUCACCAAGUGUGGUCCACCUGACCUUCCCUCUGGCGCCAAACCAACCAAUUGUUGCCCUCCAAUUUCCUCAAACAUCAUAGACUUCACACUUCCUAUGAACCCUAAAGUUAAGGUUAGACCCGCUGCACACUUGGUAGAUGCCACUUACCUCCAAAAUUACAAAGAAGCCCUUCGUCGCAUGAAAGCUCUCCCUCCCAACGACCCUCGCAACUUCACUCAACAAGCCAACAUCCAUUGUGCUUAUUGUGAUGGUGCAUAUCACCAAGUAGGGUUCCCUGACCUAGACUUCCAAGUUCAUAACUCGUGGCUCUUCUUCCCCUUCCACCGUUGGUACCUCUACUUCCAUGAGAAAAUUUUGGGAAGCUUGAUCAAAGACCUUGACCCAAAUUUUGCCCUACCCUUUUGGAACUGGGACUCCCCCAAUGGCAUGCCAAUGCCCGCCAUGUACACUGAUCCCAACUCACCACUCUAUGACUCCCUCCGAAACGCAAAUCAUAAACCACCAAAACCCGUUGACCUUGACUACAACGGCAUUGAAGACCGAACCUCAACUCAACAACAAGUAUCAACCAAUCUCAACAUCAUGUACCGGCAACUUGUGUCAAGUUCAAAGACUCCAUCACUCUUCUUUGGUAGUGCUUACCGUGCAGGAGAGGAUAGCGAUCCUGGUGGUGGCAUUGUGGAGAAUAUUCCUCAUGGUCCUGUUCAUGUAUGGACUGGUGAUAACACACAACCUAAUUUAGAGGACAUGGGAACUCUCUAUUCUGCUGCCAGAGACCCCAUUUUCUUUUGUCACCAUUCCAACAUUGAUAGGAUGUGGUCUAUAUGGAAAACGCUUGGUGGGAAGAGAAGUGAUAUCAAAGACCCUGAUUGGUUGGAAUCAGGGUUUCUCUUCUACGACGAGAACAAGAACCUAGUUCGUGUGAAGGUCAAAGAUUGUCUUGAUACUAGAAGGCUUGGUUACGUUUACCAAGAUGUUGAUAUUCCGUGGUUAGAAGCUAAACCUACGCCACGAAUUCGAAGAGCAAUUGCCAAGAGGUUUGGUGCUGGUGCAGCACUGGCUGCUGAGACUUCGAAUUCCAAAGAAAGAACCAAGUUUCCUGUGGUUUUGGAUUCGAGUGUGAGUGUUGUUGUGAAGAGGCCAAGGAAGGGAAGGAAUAAGAAGGAAAAGGAAGAGGAAGAAGAGGUGUUGGUGAUAGAAGGGAUAGAAUUUGAGAGGGAUUUGGGGGUGAAGUUUGAUGUGUAUAUAAAUGAUGAAGAUGAUGUGGAGGGUGGACCAAGCAAGAGUGAGUUUGCGGGAAGCUUUGUGAGUGUGCCUCAUAAGCAUAAGCACAAUAACGCGAAGAUGAAGACUAAGUUGAGGCUUGGAAUAUCGGAGUUGUUGGAGGAUUUGGGUGCUGAAGAUGAUGAGCAUGUGGUGGUCACUUUGGUGCCCAAGUUUGGGAAAGGGCAUGUCAUCGUUGGAGGGAUCAAGAUAGAGUUUCACAACUGAUCACGACCUUGGAUUUUAAAAGUUUGAAUAUAAUAAACAACUGUUGGGGGGUUUUUCACCAGUAAUUCAGGUUUGGAUGCUUUCAUUGAAAUAGUAGUGUGAAAAAAAUUAUUGUC